CCACUUUGCCUUUCCUGAUCACUCUCGGACUUCCUCGAGGUCGCUCGCUGUCUGUCGCUCUAUUCUCUCCACUCUCUACUUUCCAAUUACUCCGAUGUGAUUAUUAUUACUUAUUUACACUGCCAUCUUCAGUCAAUCUUUACAUGCUGUUUCCUAUGUCUGACCUUGUCCUUCACAACCUCAUUAAUCGCUGAUUGCGUGCUGCGCUCCUCCCGAUAACGGCUAUAUCUGUUACCAUCCAUCCCCCACGCGACCGUCGACUUCGUGCUGUGGCUAGCUGACCUCGCGGGGAACCCUAUCCUCCCCCUUAUCGAUUCCGCACCUAUAUGAUAUAUUAGACAAUAUACACUCUUUCGGGUAACUGUACCCAACAGACGACAUGGCGGAUACGGGGCUAAAAGCAAAGCGGCUUGUCUCCAUUGUCGCCGCGACAAUGGUGGCUCUUGCUUGUGGAACAAAUUAUGCAUACUCGGCCUGGUCGCCCCAGUACGCAGAGAAGAUGAAGCUUUCAUCCACCCAAACCAACCUCAUAGGAGCAGCAGCAAACCUGGGAAUGUAUGCCUGCGGUAUGCCAAUGGGUCUUUUGACGGACAACCGGGGCCCGCGACUCACUACUUUAAUCGGAGCUGUCGCUCUCGGAGUGGGCUACUUCCCGCUGCAUCUCGCUUAUAAUGGUGGCCAAGGGUCGAUGGGUGUUUUCUUCCAGGCCUUCUUCUCGUUCCUGACUGGUUUCGGGAGCUGCUCUGCCUUUGGCGCUUCAAUCAAGACUGCUGCAACAAACUUCCCCGAACACCGUGGAACGGCUACGGCAUUCCCUCUUGCCGCGUUUGGUCUGAGCGCUUUCUUCUGGUCGACGUUGUCGGCUGUUCUGUUCAAUGGCGAUCCUGGCCGAUUCCUUCUCCUGCUGUCCCUUGGGACUUCUGUCAUGAACCUUGUCUCUUUUCCUUUUAUGCGACUUUUGGCGCCCCUCCCCCCUACUGGGCCAUAUGCCCCAGUGUCUGCACGCCGCUCCGUGGAAUCCAGGCCGCUGCGAAGGCCCAAGUCUACCGAACUGCACUCCCAUAUUGGAGACUCUAGCGACGCAGGUAUGCAUUCCACCACCAUUUUCUCCCAAUCCGACAUCCACUCCAGAUCAUACUCAACUGCCUCAAAAGCCCAAGCCCAUGGGAACGGUGCAGAUAUCGACGAACUUUCGUCCUUGGUUUCGAAAACCCCGUCGCGAACGUCCCAGGAUUAUUUCCAUGAGCGUGACCCAGAGGAGGAUGAUGAUGGCCUGUCUGAUGUUGUUCCCGACCCACAUCAACCAGACAUCAGAGGUUUGGCAAUGCUCAAUAAGGUCGAGUUCUGGCAACUCUUCCUGACAAUGGCGCUUCUUUCUGGUAUUGGUCUGAUGACCAUUAACAAUAUUGGAAACAAUGUCAAAUCUCUCUGGCAACAUUACGACGACAGCGCGUCGUCACAAUUCAUACAGCAACGACAGGUCAUGCACGUGUCCAUUCUGUCAUUCGGGAACUUCGCUGGCCGUCUCUUGAGUGGUAUUGGAUCUGAUAUCCUUGUUAAGAAGUUUAACAUGUCACGAUUUUGGUGCUUGUUUCUGUCCUCGGUGGUUUUCACGCUCACACAGGUCGCGGGCGGCUCGAUUGUCAACCCGAACCAGCUGGCUAUUGUAUCGGCUUUAACUGGAAUCGCCUACGGUUUCCUCUUCGGCGUUUUCCCUUCGUUGACCGCUCACACUUUCGGCAUCAACGGUCUUUCUCAGAACUUUGGUGUGAUGACCCUCGCGCCGGUAUUUAGCGGUAAUGUUUUCAACCUGCUUUACGGUGUCAUUUUCGAUCUCCACUCCAUUGUCGACAAGGAUGGAGACCGGGAUUGUCCCGACGGGCUCUCCUGCUACCAGGCCGCGUACUACAUGACCUUUUUCUCUGGGGUUGCUGGUAUCGUCGUUUGUGUAUGGAGCAUUUGGCGUGAUGGGAAGCGUGGACAGGUCGAUGCAAAACUUGAACAUGAUAGAAUCGCCUGAUCGCCACGUUUGAAUAUGAUACCUGGUACAUGGACCGCAUGGUUGAACGAAGGAUAUAUAGAAGACUUUCACGUUUUUCCUUCGUGGCGUCUUGUAUCGGACUUGGUGGUUUUGAAUUGGUUCGCCGGAGAUGAGACUAUGCAUUUCUGCCCUAUUUAACAUCUAAUUGGCAUUUCCUUGCAGCUUUACUUAGACAUCUGACUGUAUAUAGUUGGCAGUACCACAUUUAUUGAGACUGUCUUGAACUAGAUCACUACACUUUCCUUAUUCCACC